AUGUCAAAUAAAGUGUCAUAAAUAGUUUGUCCCCUGUCAGUCAAGGCGUGAGGGAUCGAUUUAUUUCAUAUUUAUUACCAUUAAUUUACUUUGUAUCUCUUCAAAUAACGAAUAUCAGUUAGAUAUGUUAAAUUUAUAAAUAUUGCAUAGGCUAAUUUCAACAAUACUAGACUCUAACGUUAUUCCGUCCGCCUGUUUGUGUUCAGCCAAAAAUGAAUUUUGAAACAAACAGGCUUAAUACAUUUGUGAAUUGGCCCUCGUCAGCGCCAGUAGAUCCGAUAAGAAUUGCAAAAGCUGGUUUUUAUUAUACGGGUGAAGGCACAGAGGUGCAGUGUUUUAGUUGUGGUGGUAAAAUAUCGGAAUGGAACUAUGGUGAUCAAGUGAUGUGGCGUCAUAGGCACUUGGAGCCUAAUUGCGAAUUUGUAGUAAAUCCGCGUCUUUCGGGGAAUGUUCCCUUAGUUUUAAAUACUGAAUGCCCUUCAAACGUGGAUUCAUCCACUUCUUGGUCUGCUCCUGAUGAUAGUUCCAAUGAUGUAGCUGAUACAUCACAGGAUUAUGGUGUGACAGAAGAAGAUGCUAUGUAUCAAAUUGAUGCACUACGACUUUUAUCAUUUAGUAGUUGGAAUGAUACUUCAGUGUCUCGAGAGGCACUUGUUAGUGCAGGGUUUUACCAUUUGGGUGAGGGAAGACUUCGUUGUGCAUGGUGUGGUGGUGAACUGGCUCCGUUUAGAAGAUUCGGUUCACUUGGAACACCUCUUGAAGUUCACAGAAUGUAUUUCCCCAGAUGCGCUCAUGCAGCCUCAUUGGAGUUAGCACAGCAGAGGAAUAGUAUUUCCCCUCCCUCCACUUCACCAUUGCAGACACCUCCUGUUCAAUCUCCACCCGUAACAAUUGACAAUCAACGUCAAUCGUCAGGUGCAGAACACAACGCCCGUUUGCUCGAAAGUGGACGUACGUGGCGAGCGUUGGGCGUGGUUAGUGGCGGGGCGAGACAUCCGUCCCGGUCUUCGCUCGCCGCUAGACUGGCCACCUUCGAGCGAUGGCCCGCGGACCGACAUCAAGCGCCACAAGCGCUUGCUGAAGCUGGCUUCUUCUACGCUGGCACUGAUGACCAAGUUAGAUGCUUCUAUUGCGAUGGUGGUCUCGGUAAAUGGGAGGCGGGCGAUACGCCAUGGUCUGAACACGCGCACUGGUUCCCUCACUGCGGUUACGUGCUCCUAGUUAAGGGGCAAGACUUUGUUGAUAAUUGUCGUAAUCGCUCGUCCGUGCAGCGAACUCUUUCUGCUGACAGUGGACUGAGUUCAAGAUGUAGAAGCACCGGUGUUAAUUUUCCUAUAACUGAAAGUCAGGUAGAAGAAUGUAUGGAGAGCGGGACAGCUCUAGCGGCUCUUGGUGCUGGUUUAGACGCUGCGAGAGUUCGAAGAGCCCUCUCUAGAAGAUUACGCUCCACUGGUCUCCCUUUUAGUUCGUCUGAAGCUCUAAUUGAUGCCGUGUUAGAUGAGCAGCUAAAUGAGGAGGCUUGGAGUGUAACGCCUCAAAGUCAACGCCUGGCGCGAGACAUUUUAGCAGAAACAUUGAGAGAAUUUGCACCUGGCGCUGGGUAUGUAAUUUAUUAUUAUUAAACAUAUUGUAUACUAGCUUUUGUCAGCGGUUUCGCCCGCGUGAUCCCAAGGGACAUGUUUAGUAGGAUAAAUAGUAUUCUAAUACCAUAUCUGUAUACCAAAUUUCAUUCAAAUCCGUUCAAUAGUUUCGGCGUGAUUGACAGACAAACAUACAAACAAAGAAACUUUCACAUUUAUAAUAUUAAUAUUUUGUAUAUAUAUGCUAAAAUAUGUUAAGAGAGUGGUGUUAAUAUAGUUACUGUCAUAGACAAAUAUUAUUUUGUUUUCCGAAUAAAACAUUUUUUUUUAUUUCAUAAAUUUUGAAUUCAUACGAUAUUGAUAUUUAUCUUAUAGAAAAUACGCAUAAAAACCUUAAGAAACUGGCCUUGCGUUUUGUAGAAAUGUGCAAGAAUAUUUCAGUUACAAAAUCCAUCUCGGCUGUUCCAAAAUAAAACGCGAUCUUUUAUAAAAAACUGUAAUACCUAUCUAAGUUUUAGAUAUUUUGCGUGUAUCUUUGAUCAUACUUAAAAAAUCCUUAUAAAAUAUGAAAGUGCAGAAACUCAGAAUUUGCAAAAUAAAAACAAAUAAUCUAUAAAUAAACUAACAGUUUGAUAAUAUUGAGUGGGGUUUUGAGUUUCAUUUUUGAACCGCCGAGCUGUACUGCCCUCUUUUUUUUUUAAUAAAUACAGUAAAAAGGCAACCCUUUACUAUACAUUAUUUAUCAUUUGGACCUUUUUUUUAAUAUUUCCAUAGAAUAAUACCAUCACAAUGGGAGGACAGAUCAGAAAGUCAGAGAUCGCAAUCGACAACGCCCCCACAUUCACCUUCACCCCCUCCUUUAUCCGCUCCACUUAAUACCGAACCAAGAAAUAACUCCAAAGAACGAACAGACCAACCCAACAACACUACGAAUGGUGUCGGAGAGGAAUCCGAAGAUAAGAGUGUCGAAAGCCCAGUUAAAGAAAAGAAGCCGAUGUCUUUAGAAGAGGAAAAUCGCCAGUUAAAGGAGGCGAGACUGUGUAAAGUUUGCAUGGA